AUGCGCCUCGACGACGCGGGUAAGACGGACUUCGCGUCGUGUCCCUGGCCAAUAUGGCGGACCGAUGACUUCACCCGCUGUUUUCAGCGAGACUAUCUCAAGGUCUUGCUGCCAUUGGUCGUUAUCAGCCUAUCGUUUCUCCAACUCGUCGCCCAGAACAUCAUCAAGUUAAACGCUUCCCGAGGUUACGAGCGGAUUGGCGAGGGCCCGGCGACGUUAUCCCCGCCGACACAUACGGAAUUGCCACGAGAAGAACAACCGAUCUGCGAGAGCGAUGAGGAAGAAGACCUGACCAUCAACGGCGGCCGCCUGGCGCUGGCAAGGACAACAACGAAGGGCUCGAUCGUGCAGGCCGACACCCCGUACGGCCAGGCACUUUCCGUCUUCGUUGAGGAGCUCGCUGCUGCGGGGCUGGUCGCUGCGAAUGCCGUUGCGCUAGCUACCGGAGCAUAUGGCAAUGAGUGGGGAGGCGUUGCCGCUAUCGCCGGCUUGAUCGUCUGGGUCUACGCCCUGAUGCUCACGUCGCUCCGGCUCUUCCUGGGGAACACGCAGUGGCGUGUCCCGCAUAUCUGGAACCACACGGCUGCCAUUUACAGCUGCCAAUGGUUGUUCACUGUGGCCAUAUUCCGCUCCGUUUUGAUCCGUUCUAGUUCCCAGUUGGCGCAGACGUUGGUCAUUGUUGAGUUCGCGCUGACAUCGCUGCUCUUUGGUAUGGCUCUCACCACCCGAAAGGGGAACAAGACCAUCCUCUUGGAGUGGGAAGACGGCAUCGAGCCCGGCCGGGAGAAUUUGGCGUCGCUGUUCUCGCACUACACCUUUUCUUGGGUCGACACGAUCGUCUAUUCCGGUUGGAAGGAGCCUUUAAAUAUCAAGAGGGUUUGGAACUUGCUUCCCAAGGACAAAGCUGCUGCCGUCCUGUCCAAUUACCGUCUUUUCAAGAAGACUACCUCGCUGGCCGUCCAUCUUUUAAAAUAUUUUAAAGGCAACCUGCUUGCGCAAGCUGCCUGGGCUGUCAUGGGUGGCGCGCUCACCUUUGCCCCUACUCUCCUCCUGAGAGCCAUUUUACAAUACGUCGAGGACCCCUCGAUCGCCCCCCGAAAUGUGCUGUGGUUCCCGGGCAAGGACAAGGCGGAUGAUUCGGACGAGCAGGCCAACCUGGGCACUAUCAUCAACCUGAUGUCCGUCGACAGCUUCAAGGUGUCCGAGAUUACGUCAUACAUGCACUUCCUCGUUGCGGCAGCCCCGACUCAGCUCAUCGUUUCUGUCGUCUUGCUUUACCAGGUCAUGGGCUUGAGCGCCAUCCCUGGGUUUGUGGUCAUGGCUCUGCUGCUCCCUGUCAACAUUGCCUUUGGGAGAGGCUUCAACUCGAGCCAGAAGAGGAUUAUGGCUGCUACGGACAAGCGUAUUCACACGACCAACGAAAUCCUGCAAAACAUCAGAAUCAUCAAGUACUUUGCUUGGGAACACCGGUUCGCCAACAUCGUCGACGAGAAACGCCGCGCCGAGCUCAAGGCGUUGCGGUGGCGAUUUAUGAUUUGGGCCGCGGCUGUUGCGGUAUGGAACACGGUACCAAUUCUGAUCACCUUCUUCUCCUUCCUCAUCUAUACCGUUGUUGAGAAGAAGCCGCUGUAUCCGUCAGUUGCCUUCACUGCCAUUUCUCUGUUCAUGCUGCUUCGCUAUCCGCUCGACCAGCUCGGCGACAUGAUUGCUCAUGUUCAAGAGUCCCGAGUGUCGAUUGACCGUAUUGAGGAGUUCCUCUCCGAGGAGGAAACCGAGAAGUUCGCGCAGUUGGGUGUCGACAAUGUUGACGAGACUGGCAAACGGGUCAUUGGGUUCAGGAAGGCCACCUUCGUUUGGGGCAGCAAGACGACUGUCGCCGAUGACGGGUCCAUGGCUUUCCGGCUCCUCGACCUCGACCUCGACUUCAAGAUCGGCAAACUGAAUAUCAUCACCGGCCCUACUGGCUGCGGAAAAACCUCGAUGCUCAUGGCGCUCCUUGGUGAGAUGACCAUCAUGAAGGGCCGGGUUUUCCUCCCUGGUGGCCGCAGCCGUGAGGACGUCCGCCCCGAUCCGGAAACGGGGCUUGCUGAGACGUGCGCCUAUGUCGCCCAGCAGGCCUGGCUUGUCAACGCCAGCAUCAAGGACAAUAUUCUAUUCUCGGCUCCGCUCGAUGAGCAGAGAUACCGGGAAGUCAUCGUGGCGUGUGCGUUGGAACGGGAUCUGGAAAUCCUGGACAACGGAGACGAGACUUUGGUCGGCGAAAAGGGCAUCACCCUCUCGGGCGGCCAGAAGCAGCGCAUCUCGCUCGCGAGAGCUGUUUACUCCAACUCAAAGCAUCUGCUCUUGGACGACUGCCUCAGCGCCGUUGACUCUCAUACCGCGCUGUGGAUCUUCAACAACUGCAUCAUGGGCCCUUUGAUGCGCCAUCGGACAUGUAUUCUCGUCUCCCACAACAUCCCUCUGUGCGUGCCGCCUGCCGACUACGUUGUCACCAUGGCCAACGGUCGCGUCACCGGUCAAGGCACACCGCAAGAACUCAUUGCGGCUGGCACGCUGCCAGAAGACGCUGCCGUGCAGAAGUCUGCGGCGGGCUCCGCUCAUAUCUCCCGUGUACCCUCCCGCGUUUCCUCGAGUGUUGGGGAGGAAAGCGGUGCGACUCUAGUAAACGAGGCGGACGGCGAUCAACAAAAGACAAGGAACGAGACUGCCAAGAAGAAGGAAAACAAGAAGCAAGACGCCAUGGAGGAGACCAAGGCAACGGGUGCCGUCAAGUGGCCCGUGAUGAAGCUCUACCUGCGGUCUAUGGGAAGCUGGUGGUUCUGGGUCAUUGCUUGUCUCGUCUUCGGGACGCAGCAGUUUUCCGGCAUUGCUACCAGUCUGUGGAUUAAGGAGUGGUCCAACCAAUAUGCCGCCGAGGAGACGGCCAAGAUUCGCUUCAACAUGAACUCGCACAGCUACUCGGUUCAGACACUGUCGCCGACCUACUUUGCAUCCAUUGCGAACUAUGUCAAGGGCAACUCGACAACGGUCUCUACUUCGGACAUCCCCGAAGUGGACGUAACUUAUUACCUGACCGUCCUAGCGGCCAUUGGCAUAGCGGGCACGGCUGCGGCUCUCUUCAGAGACAUGUGGAUCUUCCUUGGUUCUCUCACUGCCUCGUGGAAGAUCCAUAGCCGCCUGAUGAGCACAGUGACUGGCGCGAAGUUUAAGUUUUUUGAUGUGACGCCGCUCGGGCAGAUGAUGAACCGGUUUAGCAAGGACUUGGAGGCCGUCGACCAGGAGGUUGCGCCCAUCGCUAUCGGUGUCAUGACCUGCGCGUUGGGCGUUGUUGUCACUGUCGUUUUGAUCGCUUACAUCACUCCGAUGUUUCUGAUCGCCGGCAUCUUCAUCGCUCUCGCUUACGUGUUCCUUGGGCAAUUCUACCUCCACGCGUCGCGCGACCUGAAGCGACUGGAGUCGGUCGAGCGGAGCCCGCUCUUCCAGCAGUUCGGCGAGACCCUCAGUGGUGUCACAACGAUCCGCGCAUACGGCGACGAGAGGCGCUUCAUCCGGGACAACCUGGUCCGAAUCAACACGCAGCUGCGGCCCUUCAUCUACCUUUGGGCUGCUAACAGAUGGCUCUCGUUCAGGACCGACUGCCUCGGCGACGUCGUGGCUUUCUUCGCUGGCGUGUUUGUCAUUGUCGGCCUCGGCAAGAUUGACGCCGGCUCGGCUGACGAGCAAAUCUUCCACGCGCUCCGCCGCGUCCACCUCAUCCAACCUGACGAACUCGCCGCCUCUACCACCCUCACGCUACCGGAAGCCACAACCGCCACCACCACCAUCAACAACACGAGCCAACCCGAAAGUCCAACCGAACCGUCCAGCCUGGCCUCGGUCGUCAACAAGAACAUCUUCCUGGACCUCUCCUCGCCCGUCACCGAGUCCGGCAACAACCUCUCACAGGGCCAGCGGCAACUCCUCUGCCUGGCGCGGGCGCUGCUCAAGAACCCCACGGUGCUGGUGAUGGACGAGGCCACGGCGUCGAUAGACUACGCCACGGACUCGGCCAUCCAGGAGACGAUCCGCGAGCUGACCAGCACCAUCAUCACCAUCGCCCACCGCCUGCAGACCAUUGUCGACUACGACAAGGUGCUGGUGCUCGACAAGGGCGAGAUUGUUGAGUACGGCCACCCGUGGGAGCUCAUGCGCCGCAAAGGGGCGGGCGCCGUGUUCAAGAGCAUGUGCGAGAUGAGCGGCGAUUAUGGCGCGUUGGCGGCCGCGGCGAAGAAGGCGUGGAAGGGGAAGCAGUUGGUUGAUGUGGAUGAUGAUGAGGAGGAGGAAGAGGAGGAGGAACAAGGGGAGGAUGAGGGGGGUGCGGGGAGUGCGAGUGCUAGUGGGAGUGCGGGGGCGGUGACGGCAACUACAGCUACGGCUCCCGAGGGGACGCAGGAGUCAUAG